ACAUCUGCGUCACUUACGGGGGAGGAGGAGGCGCUGAGGCAGAGAGAAAAUUGUACUGUGAGGACCUUGACAGCUUCAUGGGCGGGCUUUUCCUUCUGCCUCCUUACAUUUUCUGGAAUAUCUAUUUUUCGCUUUUACAAACUGACUAUAUAACACCACCCCUUCUCGCACUGCAGAAAGCAUCUGACUUUCUCAGACACUCGACAAGCUCUGGGGGCAUCUUCGGAGAGGCCGGGGACAGGGGCGCAGGUGCACGGAGAAAGCUGGUGGUGGUGGCAGUGCUCUUCUGCGCGACUUGGGGCUCUUUCCGUGCUCUCCAGGCACCGAACUCUGAGCUGCAAGGACAGGAGCGCCGGCACCUUCCCGACUAAGGCUCUGCCUCGAGAGCAUCCCGGCGAGGUGUAUCCAGCUGCUGCUGUCUUCCGAGCUCCCUCCCUCGCUCAUCUCCAGCCUCAGGGUCUUCCCUCCUCGCCAUAACCACGGGGCCCCCGCGCGGGGAUAGAAGAGUCUCAGUCCUCCGCGUCCCACGCUUGCCUCUGCUCCCGGCCCGGGGGUCUCCCCCAGCCCAGGACUGUAGGACCUGACCGGGGCUGAUCCGCGCACCUUCGCCGUUGGCUCGCGGGUGUUCGCCUCGCCUCCUUUGGCUCAGGGGGUGCAGAGGGCACAUCCCGCCUCCUCCGCCCCCGGGCUGUGCUCGCCUCCCCCGCCUGCUGGCCGCGAGCUGAGGUCCCUUUCCCUUCACUGCGUAAAGCAUGUCAGGCUCCGGGCGAAAAGACUUCGAUGUGAAGCACAUCCUGCGACUCCGCUGGAAACUCUUCAGCCAUCCCUCGCCGUCCCCGGGCGGCCCGGCGGGGGGCGGCUGCCUGCAACAGGACGGCAGCGGCAGCUUUGAGCACUGGGGACCCAGCCAAAGCCGCCUGCUGAAAAGCCAGGAGAGGGGCAGUGUCGGCACUUUCUGGAAAAAGCCUUCGUCUUCUUCCUCUUCUUCGUCAUCCUCCCCAUCGUCUUCCUCCUCUUCUUUCAAUACGCUGAAUGGCACCCUGCUGCCAGUUGCCACGAGGUUGCAGCAAGGGGCUCCGGGGCAGGGCACCCAGCAGCCGGCCAGGACCCUCUUCUACGUGGAGUCCCUAGAAGAGGACUCCAUGGACUUCCCUGGACCACAAGAGAAAGGGCUGGUCCUUCAAGAGCUCAAAGUGGAGCCAGCCAACUCGAACCAGGCAACAGGUGAAGCAUGUGGACACAGGCUGUCAGCAACCAGCCAUUCACUGGCACCUCAAAGUGAUUUGGACUCAAGUUGUUCUGAAGAAUUCUAUCAAGCUGUUCACCAUGCUGAGCAAACCUUCAGAAAAAUGGAAAGCUACUUGAAGCAACAGCAGCUCUGUGAUGUUAUCCUGAUUGUUGGAAACAGAAAGAUACCUGCACAUAGGCUUGUUCUGAGUUCAGUCUCCGACUAUUUUGCGGCCAUGUUUACAAGUGAUGUUUGUGAAGCCAAGCAAGAGGAAAUCAAGAUGGAAGGCAUAGACCCCAAUGCUCUCUGGGAUCUUGUCCAAUUUGCAUACACAGGUUGCUUGGAGUUAAAGGAAGACACUAUUGAAAAUCUGCUGGCUGCAGCAUGCCUUCUUCAGCUCCCUCAAGUAGUAGAAGUGUGCUGCCACUUCCUCAUGAAGCUUUUGCACCCAUCUAACUGUUUAGGAAUCAGAGCAUUUGCAGAUGCUCAGGGAUGCAUUGAGUUAAUGAAGGUGGCCCACAGCUACACAAUGGAAAAUAUAAUGGAAGUAAUCAGAAAUCAAGAGUUUUUACUCCUUCCAGCCGAGGAACUCCAUAAACUAUUGGCCAGUGAUGAUGUAAAUGUUCCUGAUGAAGAAACCAUCUUCCAUGCAUUAAUGAUGUGGGUCAAGUAUGACACUCAGAGGAGAUGCAAUGACCUGAGUAUGCUCCUCGCCUUCAUAAGAUUGCCAUUGCUUCCACCACAGAUAUUGGCUGACCUAGAAAACCAUGCGUUAUUUAAGAAUGAUCUAGAAUGCCAAAAGCUGAUUCUGGAAGCAAUGAAAUAUCAUCUAUUGCCAGAAAGAAGAACUUUAAUGCAAAGUCCAAGAACAAAACCUAGAAAAUCUACAGUUGGAACUCUGUAUGCAGUGGGAGGAAUGGAUAACAACAAAGGAGCUACAACAAUAGAAAAAUAUGAUCUCAGAACAAAUCUGUGGAUCCAGGCGGGAGUGAUGAAUGGAAGAAGGCUGCAGUUUGGCGUGGCUGUUAUUGAUGACAAACUCUUUGUAAUUGGAGGUCGAGAUGGCUUAAAGACAUUGAACACUGUUGAAUGUUACAAUCCCAAAACCAAGACUUGGACUGUCUUACCACCAAUGUCAACACAUAGACAUGGCCUAGGUGUAACAGUACUUGAAGGCCCUAUUUAUGCUGUGGGUGGCCAUGAUGGCUGGAGCUAUCUGAAUACUGUGGAGAGAUGGGAUCCACAGAGCCAACAGUGGACAUUUGUAGCCAGCAUGUCUAUUGCUCGGAGCACAGUUGGUGUAGCAGCAUUGAAUGGCAAGUUGUAUUCAGUUGGAGGUCGUGAUGGAAGUUCCUGUUUGAGUUCAAUGGAAUAUUAUGAUCCUCACACAAAUAAAUGGAACAUGUGUGCUCCUAUGUGUAAGAGGAGAGGGGGUGUUGGAGUGGCCACAUGUGAUGGCUUUCUUUAUGCAGUAGGAGGUCAUGAUGCACCUGCUUCUAAUCACUGUUCCAGGCUGUUAGACUACGUUGAAAGAUAUGAUCCCAAAACAGACACCUGGACCAUGGUAGCCCCAUUGAGUAUGCCUAGAGAUGCUGUCGGGGUCUGUCUCCUUGGAGAUAGACUGUAUGCUGUUGGUGGCUAUGAUGGGCAGACAUAUCUCAACACUAUGGAAUCCUAUGAUCCACAAACCAAUGAGUGGACACAGAUGGCUUCCUUGAAUAUUGGGAGAGCAGGUGCCUGUGUGGUGGUCAUCAAGCAGCCGUGACUUAUUUUGAUUUUAUUUGGAUGUAUUUCAUUUGCUGGAGUGGUUAUUUUUAUAUCACAUGGUAAGAAUGAGGACUUCAUGAGAUGAAGACUCUUCAGGAACAAGGAUUUAUGUAGAUUUACCUACUGACAUCUAAAGAGGUAGAGAAUCACAGAAUUAUUGGAAAAAAGAAAACAUGAAGCAAAUACAAGAGUAAUGUGUGGCCACACGUGAGUUAGUUCAAGAAUGGUUGUUGAUAAUUUGCUUUAUAUUGUAGCAUACAAUAACUAGAGGUACCAAAGGCUUCCUUUUUUUUUAGCAGUUGAAAGGGAAAAACAUUAUUUGUGACAUCAGUAAUUUCAUGACUCCAACUCAUUCAAAUGUUCUGUAAUCUAUGGCAAUAUACAACAGGUUGCCAAGAGUAGAAAACAUGAUAUUUCAUCUGACAGAAUCUGAUUAGCUUACUAUUUUCCUAAUCAGAUAUGGUCACAGGAGGAAGCUCACUGAUUUUAUUAAAACAAACCUGCUUCCUCUUUAUUUUCCUAAGCUUUGAGAACAAUUAGAGAAACGGAUUCACGCUUUUCUCUUGCAUUCAGAAAACAAGCUGUCCUGCUAAUCAAAGCUGUAUAUUUCAUCAGAGAUGAUGGUUGAAUUUUAUUGUACCCAUAUUAACAUCUGAAACUGGCAGACAAAAAGGACUAUUUUUGUUAGGCUUGCCACAUUGCUUUGUGUUUGAACACACUGAGCCAAAGAAUCAGAACUAUUAUGGGCAUUUGCCUUAUGUUGAGUUCAGUGUAAGCAUGGAAGCUAGCUAUUCUGAAUGUUAAUAAAUAUUCAUUGCAUGUUGAAGUUCUUUAAAUUUUUGUUAUUAAACAGACUUAGAAUUUCGAGGGAGAAAUAUAUGCUCCAUUAAAUUGGAGUGCUUAGGAUUAUUGCUAGAGGGAAAACAGAAUUCAGUUUCUCAUUACCCACGUUUUAAGUUGUUACGUUGAUAUGUAUAUUAGUUUAAGCUAAAUGUUUGUAAUUGUUUAAAGCAUAAAGUGGAAACAUUACAUAAUAUUCUUAGUAAAUAAUAGAUCUUUGUAAAUUUUGAAAAUAGUUAAUAAAUGUUAGAACAUUUGAUUUUAUCAGCGUAUUUUUCUUCAAUAAACUUUAAUCUAUAUCCAAGUCAAAAAUGCACAAGAGUAUUGAAGAGACAGGCAAUUUCUCUGCCCUUGCUUUUCCAAAAUAAAGAAACAUAUGUUCCCAUCAGAACAUAAGUGUGUUUUAUCCUAAGCACAAUGCCAUGUCAAAACAAAAUGCAAUUUGCAAUUUUUCUCUAUAGUUGUUCGGUUGAGACAGAAUUAGUCCCUACAAAACACAUCACAAGAGAUUCCUAGGAAUUGUGCAAGGGCUAGGAAAGGCAAGUACACUCCUCUUUUGGAGUUGAAUCAAUGUAAACCAUGAAAGUAAGUUUUUUGUUGAAUGGCAAAAAAAUGUUGGAAACUUAACAGGUGUGGAAAUAUUAAAAAGUAUUUUUUCCUCAAGGAAAUGUUAGGAAAUCUAAAGUUCCCUAAAAUGUCCUUUGUGGUCAUAUUUAUUAGAUACAAUUUCUUAAAAAAAUGUCAUUGUAGUCAGAUGUUAAGGAAGUGUCACAGAUUACUUUGAAGUUGUGAUUAAACAUUGUAUAAUACUCAGUCAACAAUCAACUAUUUCUAAUUGUACAGUUCAAUUGUGUUAAGUGUUUACAUGUUGUUAUGUAACCACUCUCCAGGAUGCUUUAAUUUUAAAAAACCCUGACUCUGUACCUAUUAUAACUCCUCAUCUUCUUCUCCCACCAGCCCUGGCAACCAACAAUGUUGUCCUGUUUCUGUGAAUUUGACUACUCUAGACACCUCAUGUAACUGGAAUACCAUAGUAUUUGUCUUUUUGUGAUCGAUCAUUAUUAAUAUUUCAAGGAUUAUCUGUGUUGUAGCAUGUGACAUAAUAUCCUUCCUUUUAAAAGGAAUUGAAUAUUUAUACUACAUUUUGUUUAUCUACUCCUCUGUCCAUGGGCAAUGAAUUGCUUGUACAUCUUAACUUUUGUGAAUAAUGCUGUUCUGAAUAAUGAAUACAAAUAUCGCUGCAAGAACCUACUUUCAGUUCUUUUGGGUUAUGUUCAGAAGUGGAAUUGCUAAAUCAUAUAACAACUUUUAAAAAUUUAUAUUUCUUUAUAUGAGGAGACAGAAAGACACAUACACACACACUCACAAAUGGGAGGGGGGGGGAGAAAGAGAGAGAGAGAAAGACAAAGAGAAAGAGAAAGAGAACUGCCAUCCACUGGUUCACUCUCAAUAUACUCACAAAGGCAGGGAUUGGGCCUGGCUCAGUCUCAGGGUUGGAAACUCAAUUCAGGUCUCCCGUUUGCGUGAUGGGGAACCAACUAUUUGAACCAUUACUGCUGUAUUCCAGGAUAUGCAUUAUCAGGAAGCUGGAGUCAGAAGGCAGAGCCUAAACUCAAACCCAGACACCCUAACAGUUGAUGCAGGCUUCCUAACCCAUGUCUUCACCAUUAGACAAAAUAGUUCCUCCCCACCUAGGAUUAUUUUUUGAGAAAUCUUCAUUAAUGUUUUGCAUAGUUCCUGCACCAUUUUACAUUACCACCAACUGGAUUCCUAUUACUCUACAGUCUCACAAACACUUAUUUUCAGCUUUUUUAUGUUUGCUGGUGUUUUAGAUAGUGGCCAUCGGAUAGGUCUAAGUAGUAGUUAUUUGUGACUUUGAUUUGCAUUUCCCUUUUUAUUAGUAAUUUUGAACAUAUUUUCAUAUACUUUCUGGCCAUUUCUAUAUCAUCUUUGGAGAAACAUUUAUGCAAGUAUUUUGUACAUUUUUAAACUGGUUUAUUGAGUUUUGCUGCUAAAUUGUAAAAAUUAUUUUUAUAUAUGAUUCACACUCAUAUUUUCUCUUGCUCUGUAGGUUACCUGUUCAUUCUAUUGGAAAACAUUUGACCAUUUAAAUGAGCAAUUACUUACCAAUGAUCAACAAAGUAAUAUAAUUUGCUUAAUUUUCAAUAAAUACUUUUAUUUAUUAUUUAUUUUUAAAGAUUUAUUUUUAUUUCAAAGGCAGAGUUACAGAGAGGCAGAGGCAGAGAGAGAGUGAAAGAGAGAGAGGUCUUCUAUCCACUGGUUAUUCCCCAGAUGGCUGCAAUGGCCUGAUCUGAGCCGAUCUGAAGUCAGGAGCGAAGAGCUUCUUCCAGGUCUUCUAUGAGGGUGCAGGGGCCAAGGACCUGGGCCAUCUUCUACUGCUUUCCCAGGCCACAGCAGAGAGCUGGAUCAGAAGUGGAGUGGCUGGGACUCCAGCCCAUACAGGAUGCUGGUACUGUAGGUGGUAGCUUUACCUACUACACCAUAGUGCCAGCCCCAUACAUUUAAGUUUUUAUUUCACAAACAAAAUUUUGGUAAUGAAAAACCUAAUUAAUCUGAUUGUUUUAUAUUUUAUAUUCUGAAAAUAAAAAUUGGUCAUCAGAACUGGCUUAUUAAAAUGUAUUAAAAUGCUAAAUAUGAUGAAUAUAUUUUAAAACAAAACAUAAAACUGUUAAAACUUUUAGGUCCUACAAUUUGAAUUUCUUUUUAAAGGAACUGUUGGAGUAUUUUAUUGGGGAUAUUAAUAUUAAUUAGAGUUUUAAAAAUGAAAAUUGUGUUAUCACCACAUACUCAUUAUUAAUACAAGUGUAGUUUAGAAUUUACAUAUUUCAAAGCCUGUGUUAAUGAGAAAAAGCUUUUCCUAGCUUCAGUGUUACUAUGAAAAAAAUUGCCCUUUUUUAACAACUUUUUAAAGAAAUUUUACUCUGUGAUUUUUAACCUAUACUUAAGUAUUGUUUUAUAAUUGGCUAAUAAAAAGACAUUUGAUCUAGUUAACUGUUAACAGUACAAACUAUUACCCCUUUAAAAAAGAAAAAAAGAAGGCAGGCCCUUGUGGCAUAGUGGAUGAAGUCACAGCCCAUGAUGCUAGCAUUCCAUUUGGGUGAUGGUUAAUGUCUUUACUGCUCCACUUCCAAUCCAUCUCCUUGCUAAUGGCUUGGGAAAAGCAGAAGAAGAUGGCUUGAGUGCUUGAGUCCCUGCAACUGACACAGGAGACACAGAUGAAGCUUUGGCUCCUGACUUCUUUGGCUGGCCCAACUUUGGCUGUUGUGGCCAUCUGGGGAGUGAACCAGCAGAUGGAAGAUCUCUCUCCUCUUGUCUCUGUAACUCUGACUUUCAAAUAAAUAAAUCUUAAUUAAAAAGGUGGGUGGCCAGGCAUUUAAUUACUGAUUAAGACACCCUCAUCCCAUUUCAUUGCGCCUGAAUUUGCCUCCUAGCUUUGCUCUUGAUUGUAGCAAUUUCCCAAAUCAUGAAGCAGGUGAUGUUUCAAGUUGCUGGGUCCCUGCUACCCACAUGGGAGACCUGGUUCAAGUUCCUGGCUCCUGACUUCAGCCUGGCCCCAGUCCUGGUUGCUGCCAUUUGGAGAGUGAACGAGUAGACAGAAGACCUCUUUUUGUUUUUCACUUAAAAAAAAGAGAGAGAGAGAGACAGAGAGAAACCAGGACAAAAUAAAAAUUCUCUUUAGUGAAAUUAAAUUAGUCACAUUUAUUUAAAAAUCCAGAUGAAACAGUGAGUUUAGAUUUUUAGAUUUUAGGUUAAUUAUAAUUUUUCAUAAACAGAUAACAAAUUUAUUUCAUACCAUACAAAGUAUGUAUUCAAACUAAAAUAUUUAUAUUCUUGAUUAGGAGAGUUCAACACAUCAAAUGCUACCAAGUAGCCAUGAUUUUUUUUAAAACUUUUAUUUAAUGAAUAUAAAUUUCCAAAGUACAGCUUAUGGAUUAAAUGGCUUCCCCCCCAUACCGUCCCUCCCACCCGCAACCCUCCCCUUUCCCACUCCCUCUCCCCUUCCAUUCACAUCAAGAUUCAUUUUUGAUUCUCUUAAUAUACAGAAGAUCAGUUUAGUAUACAUUAAGUAAAGAUUUCAACAGUUUGCUCCCACACAGAAACAUAAAGUGAAAAAUAAUAGAUGAUUUUUUUAAAUGAUGAUGAAAUCAGAUCAGACCUAUUGUCAUGUUUAAUCCCAGCAAGUAGCCAUGAUUAAGCUCACUUUACUUUUAGUCCAUUAAUUAUAAUUUAGAAGAUGUUGACUUCUUCUAGUUACUUCUGAUAUCCUUUGCUUACACUCUUGUGCACUCCCUUCAUAAUGGGUAAUUUUUCCUGACCACAUGGUUUCUUCAACACUCAGAACACACAGAUAAUAUUAGCAAACUGGAAUGGAAAGCUGAAUUUUGAAACAUUAAAUAAUGGAGGAGGCAAAAUGGUCCUUUUCUAUAAUCCAGCAAAGUUGGAUAAAGUUUUGUAGUAGCCGUAUUCAAAAGUUGAUUCAUAAAUAAAUCAUAAUUUUAAUAAAUAUUUUUUCUGAGAAGGAAUUAUCCAUAAAUUUUCUGUAUUCAAUGGAUUCUAUAUACAGAUGAUUUUUUAAAAGAUUUAUUUAUUUAUUUGAAAGUCAGAGUUACACAGAGGAAAGGCAGAGAGAGAGAGAGAGAGAGAGAGAGAGAGGUCUUCCAUCCAAUGGUUCACUCCUCAAUUGGCCACAACGGCCCGAGCUGCAUCCAUCUGAAGCCAGGAGCCAGGAGCUUCUUCCAGGUCUCCCACACGGGGGUAUGAGCCUAAGGCCUUGGGCUAUCUUCUACUGCUUUCCCAGGCCCUAGCAGAGCUGUAUUGGAAGCAGAGCAGCCAGGUCUCAAACUGGCACCAUAUGGGAUACCGGCACUUCAGGCCAGAGCGUUAACCAGCUGCACCACAGUGCUGGCCUCUGUACAAAUGAUAUUAACCCACUACUGCUUAUAUAGCAUAAAGGAAGUUAUACCCAAUUUAUCAGACAGAGACAAUAAAGAGCAGUUUGGAGAAUGAGCUCAGAGACUAUACCAAGUAUUUUUCUAAGACAAUAAACUAAAUCAAAUUUUAACUAUUAACUAUCAACUUCUUCCAUAAAAUAACAAUUUUUAAACUAGUAAGAUGUAUCAUUGUCAGAAUUUUUUUCAUGGUAUAUAUAGAGGAAUUACAACUAAGUUAUGAUACUGAUACAGUAAUAAUGACAUUUUUCUGACUCCUGUCUGUCUUUCAUGAAUUAUCUCAGUUUUAAAUUCAGGAAUGUGUCUUAUCUAUAAUGAGAAUUAAUAUGACACUGUUUUUUCACUCCUUUCUCUGACUCUCAGGCAUUGUUUGACCCAUAUUCAAAUGAAGAAUGUAUAUCCUUUGAAAUCAGAUCCUAGAUUACUGAGAGUUACUGCAUGUGCCAAACUACAUUAACAUUUUGUAAAAGAAUGGGGCAAAACAAAAUAUUUUUUUAAUAUCAAUGCACAUGAAAAAUGCUUUCCCCAUUCCUGAUUGUUCAAAAUGCUAAUAUAUACAAUGCCUUGUGGACAGUUUGAGCAGUUUUCCAAUGUUUCAUGAGGAUAACAUCAAUUUCUAUUAUACAGCAUUAUAAAUAUAGAAUGGGAAAGCUAUUCUGUGUUAACCUUAGAAUAUGGAGUAAGAGUUAUAUGUAUGAACAUGCUUCCUCCCUUAGUAAAUUUCUGAUUCUUCUGCAUGCACCUGUGUUAUUUGUAAAAAUAGAUGCAGAAAAAAUAUCUAGCUUCUUAACUAUUCUGAUGAUUCUAUUCUAAACAAAAAGGUCUUAUUUUAUUCAUACAUGUAAGAAAAAUAUUCUAAAAUGAACGCUCCAUAUUUGCCCACUUAAGAGAAGUUAUGCUUCUUCUCUCUACUUACCUUCUAGAGAUCAAAGAAUGCAGAACUGUUUUUUGAUGCAGAAAAUAUAAUUUCAUUAUCGUGAAGUAGUUAUUGAUAGAUAAGUCCUAACAUACAUGAGGACAAUUGAUAACUAUUUUUAAAAGACAAUUCAUGGUAGACUUUCUCUUUAUUUGUAUGGACUAAAUAUUACUCCUACACACACAUUUGAUUCCUUCAAUCACUGUACAUAUACUUUUAAUGAGAUUACCGUGGAGACCAAAGCAACACUUUGGCACAUGUAUUUUAAAGGGUUUUAAGGUUUACCAUAAGUUCAGCAUUACUUCAUCAAAUGACAGUUCACUGUGCAGAGUAUAUAGAAUAAUUAUACUUUAAGGAUUACUGUGAAUUUUUCAAAUAAUAUUUAUUUUCUGCCUUGGCUAUCACAAAAAUUUCCUCUGAAGUUAGGUUCUGCUAUACCAUUUUUAUGGGCAAAAUGUUGGUGUUAUUGCAAACUGUACACUGAAGUCCUAACUGCCAUUAUUACUGUGUUUACUAAUGGGGGUUCUAAGGAAGGAAUUAUGAUUAAAUGACUUCACAAUGAAUGAUCCUGGACCUGAUCAUGUUAGUAUCCAUUUCAGGAAAGACUACGGAAAGCUCAUUUCAUUUGCUCUUGCCCUUCAUGUCACAUGUUCAGAGGAAAGACCAAAUGAGGACAAGGUGGGCAUUUCCAAGCCAGAAAGAGCUUACAUGGGAAAAAAAUCAAUGCUGCAGGACCUUGAUCUGGGAUUUCUAGCCUCUGGACUCUAAGAAAUAAAGUUCUGUUGUAAAGGUCAUCCAGCCUGUGGUAUUUUAUCCUGUCAACUCUAGAAUACUUCUAUAAUCAUCAAAUGUUCAGGACAUAACAAUAUUUAUUGUAUAUGAAAUUAAAGCUUCAGUUCCUGGUUUGACCACCUU